AUGGAAGCAAGAGCACCUCCAUCUAAAAUACUGUUCAUACGUGACAUCCCUGCUACGAUGUCCAAUGAACAGUUUGAAGACUUGUUCUCAACAUUGAAUGGAUACGUAUCAAUUAGAAGAAAACCAUUCUUUGCCUUUGUAGAGUUUAAGGACAGUGGAUAUGCUACCAGUGCCAUGAGGAGAUACUCUGGAUACAGACAUCAUUCAUUAGACAAGCCACUAUCAAUAGACUUUGACAAAGACCCUAGAUCAAGAGAUGACUUCUCCCAGACAAGUUCAACCACCACCUCAUCAUCGUACAGAGAUGUAGACAGUAGAGGAGUAGGCGGCAGCUCAGCAGACAGAGACAGAGAUCACGACAGUGGCAGGAGAGAGCAUAGAAGUGACUACCGCGAUCACAGAGACCACGAGUCGCCAAGAGACAGGAAGGACCGCGAUGACGAUCGCCAUCCCGACCGCGAUGAUGACUAUGAUGACACUGCCGAUCGCUCAGACAAGCACAGGAAGCGCGAGGUAGAGCCAGAGUCACAUCACGAUGUUGAUAAGAAGCGACCAAGAGAGAUGGAUAGGUUUGAGAAGGAUAGAAGUAGAUACAGAGACGCAUACCUUGACAGAGAGGACUAUCCUCCAACAAAGCAUCACUUGCAACCUCAGCCACCAAGAGACUUUGAACCAUUCCACCACCUCUACCCUCGCGAGCCAAUGCAAUACUAUAUGCCUCAAUCAAGAAUACCAGAUGCAUGCACAACACUCUUUGUCUCCAAUCUUCCAAAGGAUGUAACAGAGAGAGAAUUAUCAAUUCUAUUUAGGUUCAUGAGGGGAUUCGUCAGCGUCAGGUUGGUGCACCGUGAUGGAAAGUAUCCAAUAUGCUUCUGCGACUUUAGAGAUGUACCAUCGGCUGCGAUGGCCAUGGAGAUACUUAAUGGAUUUAGGAUGGACCCGAAGGACAUGUCGUCGUCCAUCUCGAUUGAGUUUGACAAGUCAAGAACUAGACAUCCG